ACCUAAUCUCCUACAUCGGUCCCUAUGGUAAAAUCUCUGUAACCUACCUCGUUAAUGGCCUAACAUUAAAUGAUGUCCCCAAAAUACCCUCACAUUGUAAAAUGUCCCAAAGAGCCGAACGUUGUAAACGGUAGAGGAUAACUCUCCCUAAUCUCCAUACCAAAAACAAAAGUGGAAAAUUUUUUCUGUUCACUUACCAACACUUUCAUCUUUGAAAAAUUGUCUGUUUUUCAUGGCGAUGGCUCUCGCAUGCUCUCUCUCAACUCCAAUCCGUGCCUCGUCCGAAUCACUUAAAAAGCCCGACCCAAGUCGUAGAAAACCCGCUUCCUCCUCCUCCUGGUGGACCCCUCUCUUCGGGUGGUCUUCCAACCCCGAUUACCUUAACGAUGGCAAUGUCCACAACACGUCGGAGAGAAAGACGGGCGUUUCCGAUUCAGAGUCAGAUCCGGGUCGAUCCAGAUCCAGAUACUCGCUCGGAUGCUUCACCGAGGAGAAAGCGAAGCAACUUCGAAGGAAGACGAUGGAGAAUUCGUCGUUUCACGAUAUCAUGUACCACUCAGCGAUCGCCUCUCGUCUGGCGUCCGAUAUCUCGGUUUGGCCCGAGAAGUGAUUGAAGCCUAAUAAUUAUCGGGUAAGGAUAAAAAUAAAUUGUCGAAAUGGAAACCUAUGUAAAAUCCUACGUUGUUUUUUAAGUUCGUCGGAAUUCUGGGUAACGUUUGUGUCAGGUUUGAAGACAGACAGUUGAUUCUGCUUUGUAAUAUUGAUUUUAGACCGUUGGAUCAUUAAUGAUCGGUGUGAUGCAUUCACCUUUUUUU